AUGGCGAGCUCCGUGAUAAACAAUAUCAUUAAUGUGUUUGGAAAAGACGCCUCUGCAUGUUUUACAACGUUUGGAUUUCUUGCAGCGUCAUAUUGGGCGCUUAAAGUCACUUUUAAUGUAAUCAAAAUCUUGAAAUCACUUGUUUUUGCUGGUUCAACAAAUUUUAAAAGUCUAGGAUCCUGGGCAGUUGUUACUGGUUCAACAGAUGGAAUAGGAAAAGGAUACGCAAAAGAACUAGCUCAAAGGGGAAUGAAUAUUGUAUUGAUAAGUCGUUCAGAAGCAAAACUUCAGGAGGUUGCCAGUGAAAUAGAAAAAGAAAGCAAAGUUCAAACAAGGAUUAUUGUGGCUGACUUCACUAAAGGCCUAGAGCUGUAUGAUUCCAUUAGGGACCAGUUGGCAGGCCUGGAGAUCGGUAUACUUGUGAAUAAUGUAGGGAUGAAUUAUCCUUUUCCAAACUACUUUUUGGAAGUAACUGAUAGAGAAGAGGUUUUUAUAAAAAUUAUCAACGUAAAUAUAACAUCUGUGACCAUGAUGACGAGUAUUGUUAUGCCUGCAAUGGUGGAGAGAAAGAAAGGCGCAGUCAUAAACAUUUCUUCCGCUGGUGGAGUGCAUCCUAUUCCUCUGCAAACCGUAUACUCCGCCAGUAAAGCAUAUGUGACAUUUUUCUCCCGGUGUAUACAAUCUGAAUAUGAAUCAAAAGGAAUUAUUUGUCAGGUAGGUAAAUAUUUUAUACAAUAUUUUUAG